AUGUGUGACUACGUGUUCAAGAUCCUGAUCGUUGGGGACCUGGGUGUGGGCAAGAGCUGUCUCUUUUGGCGCUUCGUGGACGACCGCUUCACCCUCAUCUACUACCCCACCGCGGGCAUUGAGUUCAAGUAUUGCCAUGUGGAGGUGGCUGGGAAGAAGGUCCUCCUACAAAUUUGGGAUGCCGCCGGCGAGGAGCGGUUCCGGCCGUUGCUACAGAAUUACUAUCGGAACUCGCACGGCAUCAUAAUUGUCUACGACACCACGUCGCUCCUCAGUUUCCGCCACGUUAGUUACUGGCUGAAGGAACUGGGCGAGUUCUGCUGCAAGAAGAUCAACGUCAUGCUGGUGGGCAGCAAAUGCGAUGAGCUGGAGGAGCGCCAGGUGACCCUGGAGAAGGGAGUUCGCUACGCAGAGCAUUAUGGCCUUUCCUUUAUCGAGGCAUCGGCCAAGAGUGGUGCCAAUGUGAAGGAUGCCUUCGACAUCUUGGCGGUGCAAAUCUACAGCCGCCUGGUGCUCAAGUUGGCGCCAUCACCAACCACACGUUCCGAGAAGGUAGUUAAGGGAGAUCGCCGGGAUAAGUCGGGCAGGGACAAGGACAAGGACCAUCCCGGAUAG